AUGUUUUUAUUUGCAAAAUUAACCAUUUUGUUAUUUUUAAUUUCCCAACUUCCUUUUACAUGUACUACACCUACCAAGAAAACUUCAACUUUCGAAAUAACCCGAGAAGCUUCAACCUCUGAAAUAAUGUUAGAGGAAGUGGAUAAUGAUUUGAGAGAGCAAGCAGGCGUUGAAGAAUUUUUAGAUAGUUUAUUUAAACAUAAUAUUUUUUCUGGUGAAAACCAGGAAGGAUUGAUUAAACAAAUAGAAAAAAUUAAAAAAUUGAAUCCCUUGGCAAUGGAAUAUUUGGUGAAUUAUCAAGAAUUUACCAAGCUGUGCAAAUUUUUGGACGAGCAAUUGACAAAUAAAUAUCAUAAGAAUAAUAGUUUGAAAGAUUCCUUGAAAGGAGUGCCCGACAAAAUUAGAAACUUACAUGUUCGUUUGCUGAAAUAUUUAAAUUAA